AUGGACGGUCGUCCUCCAAAGAGACAACGCAAAUCUAAGGAUUCAACGCAAGAGCCCAAAGCAAAAUUAAAACGAAAAGCCGCCCCGGUCAUCAUCUCAGAUAGCUCCAGUCCUAUUGAACCAACAGAACCCUUCGCCCUCUCCUCACGCCCAAAAUCCUCCUACUCGCGCGGUACAACACCAUCAACCCGGCUCCCCUCCUCCUCGCCUUCUCCAAACAAAAAGACGAAACCUACACCAAACCCAGACUCGAAAUCCAAGUCCUUGCACAGCUUCUUCCAACCCGCAACAGAGGGGCAGCGAUGGGCACCACAAAAGGCCGAGAAGCAGUCCCUCCCUCCGGUCAGGGAGACUGUCGACGUGGACCUGAUUGAGGAUGAUUACGACUCCUACGAUGAAAUCUUCACACAGCACCUAGCUAAUGAGCGGGCGGCAACGGGUCUGACGGCCGCGAGCUCUAGCCAGACUCGUCAACCUGCACCAAAGCCAGCGCCAAAGCCAAAGCUAAAAGCCCCAGUCAAACCGCCGCGGAAAACGGCAAAACGCUUCCUUCUGUCCACAGAUGCUGGAAACGGCACUGCAAAGGAGCCAUUGGUUGCGCAACUAGUUGGCGAACCGGACCGUCGACCAUGGGCUCAGCGAUUCGCUCCAGCUAACCUGGGCGAAUUGGCUGUUCAUAAGAAGAAGGUCUCGGAUGUACAGCAUUGGCUGGAAGAUGCUUUUGCUGGGAGGCGUUCUGAAAGGUUACUUGUCCUACGGGGUCCGGCAGGCAGCGGGAAAACGACCACUGUGUCCCUGCUCUCCGAGUCAAUUGGUUACGACAUUGUUGAGUGGAAGAACCCCCCGGUUUCGGAAUUUGGAGCUCACGAUUACCAAUCCGUGGGCGCACACUUUGAAGAGUUCCUUGGGCGAGGUGAUAAAUUUGGAGGGCUUGACCUCGAAAAUGCCAGCGAGCUGGAUGCCCAGAAAGAUGAGAAACCUCGGGACCACCGGAUACUCCUUAUAGAGGAGUUUCCAACCAUGCUUGGCCGGGCGUCCUCCGCCCUCACGGCGUUUCGGACGUCUCUUCAGCGAUAUUUGGCUGCCUCUGCGAACGAUCAUGCCCGGGGCAAUUUUGGAUCGAAUCACCCGCCCAUCGUGAUCAUCGUGUCGGAGACUUUGUUAGGGUCUGCGUCCUCAAUCUCAGAUAGCCUUACAGUUCACCGGUUACUGGGGCCCACGAUCUACAAUCACCCCGGGACAACGAUAUUGGAUUUCAACAGUAUUGCCCCCACUUUUAUGCACAAAGCAUUGCGGUCCAUUUUGGACAGAGAGGCGCGAAACUCCAGACGUGUCCAGAUACCUGGGCCGGGUGUUAUAGAAAGCAUCUCUGAAAUCGGCGAUAUCCGCAGUGCAAUCUCCUCUCUCGAGUUCCUCUGUCUCAAGGGGGACGAUACGGGGAGAUGGGGAGGUAGCGUGGCUAAAACAAAGAAAGCUCGAGGCGAGGUUGCUUUGACGGCGAUGGAGAAAGAGUCCCUCAAGAUGAUAACUCAGAGAGAGGCAAGUCUGGGCAUGUUCCACGCUGUUGGAAAGAUCGUUUACAACAAACGCAUGGACCCGAGUCUGAUCGAGGGUGGUGUCGAGAUCCUUCCACCGCCACCGGAAUAUCUACGCCAAUAUGCCCGACCAAAAGCUUCGCAGGUAUUGGUCAAUGAUCUUGUUGAUGAGACCGGCACUGACAUAUCAACCUUCGUCAGUGCUCUCCAUGAGAACUACAUUCCAUCUUGCGAUGGGGAUGAUUUCACGGACUAUUUUAAUAACUGCAUCGAUGCGCUCUCCGAUAGCGAUAUUCUCAGCGCCGACCGCCGGCCAGGGCAAGGGGGACGGGCCGGAAUAGGAACCGGAAUCACAUCGUUCGGCAGCGGCGUCGACGUGCUCCGGCAGGAGGAGAUGAGUUUCCAAGUGGCGGCGCGUGGUCUUCUUUUCGCCCUUCCAUACCCGGUCAAGAGACGGAUUGGGUCUGGAACUGGACGAAGCCGCGCGGGUGAUGCCUACAAGAUGUUCUACCCGGCAUCUCUGCGAUUGUGGAGAGAGGCUGAGGAAAUCGAUGGACUGAUCGACUCAUGGAUGAACCGAUCACUCGAUCCUUUGGGACAGCAGCAUCUUUCUCGGAAUGGCUCUGACCUCGCGGGGGUCAGUUCCUGGAAAACCCUCCAAGUAGGAAAGUUAGCAUUGGUCAACUCAGGGAAAAAAGAUACUACUCCGAGUGUGAUCACGAUGAUGCCCCGACAUGAUCUACUGCUUCAUCAAUUGCCCUAUAUGGCUGCAAUCCGGCGUCAGGACCCGGAUUGUUGGCAGUUGGAUAAAAUUACCAGAAUUCGGGCCAACGAGAAUCUUCGUAAUGAUGAAAUGGACGAUAUGGAGGAGUCUCCGGCACAGUUGCGUAUGAAACAACGCAGCAGUAAUACUUUUGGAUCUCGACUGCCCGAAGAGGAAGAGAAAUUGAUUCUCAGCGACGAUGAUAUUGUUGAUUGA